AAAAUAGACCCAAAUUCGAACUCCUCUCACUCUCAAUUUCUCGCCAAAAUAGACCCAAAUUCGAACUCCUCUCACUCUCAAUUUCUCGCCAAUAUUACGCUGCCGCUGUCUUCCUCUGUUGCCUCCUUUUCAUCUCUUUCUGCCGCCAAGGCCAAGUCCCUCGUUCUGCGAAAUCAAAUAGUUUGUUUCUCUUUCUCUGUUUCACGAUUUUUUUCUUUAUACACUUUACAAUAAUUUUUAACGAUAAAAUACAAAUCUUAAUAAAUUUUGGAUUAUACUGCCGUGUUUGUUCCCAUUGCUUAACAAAGCUUAUAACUACUUCCAUGUGAUUUUUAAAAAUAAAUAUUUGUUCUUAUUUUCUUUCUGUGUGAUAAUGGCUGUACUAAAUUGAGUUUGAGUAGUAAUGAUAAAUUUUCUGAGGAUUUAAAUAACUAAUUUUACAAAAAAACCUUUCUUAUGUGAUUUUCAGUUUCACGUAGAGUUGAUGACUCACUUAAAGCCCGAAACCCUAUAUUUUCUUAUUUGUUGUGAAAGAAUAGAAGAAAAUGGAGGGCUAUAUGGAGGAUUGUAGAGUGUUGCUAUCUCAAUUGAAGCAGCAAGAUAAAGACCUAAGGCUCAAAAGAAGGUGGUUAAUGGACUUGCAUUUAUUGGAACGAGAGCGAAAAAAGAUGGAAAGACUCAAACCUCACGGUGAUACAUGAGAACCUUCUUUUGUCUUUAAAUUUUCUAUAUCUUUUUGUAAAAACUCUUCCUUUCCACUUCUUGGAUUAUGAUUGUCCUAGUUAGUAAUAGUAUUCCUCCCUAGAGAAGGCAUGUUAGUCAUUGCACUGCUUUCAUAUUACUGAAUAUUUGCAACAUUGACUGUUCAAUUGAAUGCACGGAUAUUGGGAGGCAGUUGUCUGUGAAUUUCAUUAUAGUUUUCUGGACGAUCCCUUUGCGAAAUUUCCUUCUUCUUUUAUUAGCUUUGGCUAAGUCAGGGAAGUCGUGUUAAAGAAUGCUUGCUGAGUGUUGUGAUUCUUCAUUUUAUAGGUUUGCAGACCAUUAUGUAAUGAAUCACAUUUUAAUGACGGUUUAUGUAGCUAAUGAAAUUCUGAAGCUUGAUAUUUGUAAAUGAGAUGAAAGAUAAUAAGUGUACACGGUCCUCAUUAUCAGCGUCAACAAAUAUGGAUUGCAUUUUUUUCUUAGGAUAGUAUUAUAUCAAAAUGUGACAGCUCAGGCAAGUCCAAGGACAAAGACACUUACAGAAAAAUCCAAUUGCAAGGAUAGACUUUCGAAAAAUACACAAAUAUCACCCAAGAAAAAAAUGGAAAUAUCAGAAUUUUACAAUCACUUAUAAUUUCAAUGAAAAGGUUUCCCAAGAGUUCUGAUAGAAGUGAAGUGAGUUGCAUUUCAAUUUCUCUUAAAUGCUGAUUAUUCCUUUCCAUUGAGAUGCACUAAAAGAGACUUGCGGAGAUGUUUAUCCUUAUUGGUAUAUAUUUUCCUUUGAAGUGCAUUUCAAGCCAUUAACAACUUCUCGACUGAUGGGGGGCAUAUAUCAUUGACCCCUGCCAGCAUAACACAAGUGACCAGCACACUAAAGCUCAGGGACAAUGCAAUAGCAGAUGAUUAACAGUCUUCGGCCCCUCUGAAAAGAACACAACAGUUACUAACCAUAAUACUUCACAGACUAUCACCAGUAAGAUGUGAUUCCUUAGUAUCGACUAUCUUCCCAUGCAAAAACUACAGAAUUUGAAUGUGAUAUGCAUUGCCUCAUGCCUUUCAAGGAUCCUCAAUCCUAUAUUCUCUUAGUGUUGAUUGUAGUAUGAUUUGACCCAGAAAAGUGCAUUAGCAGUUCCCAAGGUUGAUGGAUGAAAUGGACAUAAGUGAUGACACCCAGUCUCUUAUCCAAUCCUCUACUAAUGCUCCUCCACAUCGAACAACUGUAUAAACCAUCGUUUCUUUCAGAGUUCCAUCAGAGAGGAUCAACACCAUAUUUGUGAUCAGUGACCUCCAUCUGCAGAAGUUUUUAGACUUUACCUGAAUCAUUGAUUAGAGAAGAUGAUUUAUAUUAUGAGAAUAUUAGAAUUUCUGUUGCUAAGGCAUUUGGAGUGCAUAAGGAUGAAAGGACAUGCCCUGAUGCUCCAGCCAUAUUGCUCUUUAAUUCAGCUGAGAAUUUGAGAUGCAUAUAUUCCCUUCUUGAUAAGAUGAACAACAACGGGUUAUGCUGUAUUGCGGAGACAGUAACUGGCGGUUCAAUUACUUUUGAGAAAACCAAUUGGCAAAUGAGAAGGAUAAUAAAGUGCAGUCUUCCCAAAAUUCUCCAUAACCGUGAUGAUUCCAGUCAAAGUCGGAUUAAAAGAAUUUCUCAACUCCUCAGUGAUCCUCAAAACUUCCAUGUUAACCAUGGGGUUCUUUGUUCUACCUCCGAAUCCUUUCGCCGUGCUGCUAUUUAUGUAGUGGAUAGACUUGAGGAGCUGUCUCUUCUAACUUUGAGUAAAAUGCAUAGAAAUCUCAGGGAUGUCACUGGAUACAUCCCUAAGAUGCAGUCUAAACGAAUAGGGUGGAAUAUUGAGAAUUUAGUUAAUCAAAUCAGGAGAACAUCUUUGGAAAUACUAUCAGACUAUGAAGAAGGGGAUGAGCCACCAGAACCCCUGGCCAAGGCUUUGUCCGUGGCAACAUUAAUGUUAAAGCCAAAACCUGAUUGUCCCUCUCAGAUGGUGUUCCAAAAACUUUCACCAGAUAUAGAAGCAUUGCAGAAUGAUAUAGCAGAAGCAAUCAGGAUACUAGAUGAUAAAAAAAAAUUAAGUUUUGCGGAGCUGGGAAAUUUGCCUCUUGUACUGGAUUCGAAUGCUAAAGCUGCCAAAGAAAGUGUUCGUUUGCGUGUGAAAGUGAGGAAACUGUUGACUGAGUAUCUUCUCGAAUGCAGUGACUUGCAGUCUAUACCUGAAAGUUUACUAGAAAGUCUUGCUAUAAUUAACAAAACAUCUAGGCAUGCAUCUAAGAAAACCUACUCAAAGAAGGAGGUUGAAGAAGAAGUAGAAUGUGUGCUGAAUAUUAGUGCUCAGAUAAAACAAAUUGUUUGGGAUUUACUCGCUGAAAGUGAUGUCAGUGAAGACUUUGCUAAUGCAUACAUGGAGAACAUAGAGGAAACUUAUUGUGAAGCUGGUGAUGAAGAUGAGCAUCUUUCUGAUCAUCCUCGAAAUUGUAGGUCUGAUUCUAAUGUCUCAUACAGCCAAUUAGAAAGUGUAGGUGAGAUAAACCAAAGUGACUCCAAGUCACCAAUCACCGCUAGUCGAGAUGAUGCUUUAUCCUCUCUGCUUUCACCCAAACACAAGUUGAACCUCAAACUUGAGUCAAUGUAUACCGAUGAAGUAGAUUCAGUUCAUUCCAUUUGGUUUGACAAUUCCUCGUCAUUCUUAGAAUCAAAAAGUUUUGAAGGUGCUAAGAGUAUGAGUGGCAAAGAUUACCAUUUAAGAAGCAUGGGCCAACAUGGAGGAAGGGAAUCAUGCCCAUCUAUGUCCACAAGAGAUCAGAAUAAAUUUUCUACACCUUUCUCGCCUAAUAAAGAAUCAGACAGGAAUGAUAUGGAGCAAAAAGAAGCUGCAUGGCAUUUAGGAUGCAGGCCACCAAGAUAUACAUCGGAAGAGUGUUCAGAAGAAAAAAAUGUAUCGCCUCGCAGGAAAAACUUGAGUAGAAAUCAGUAUCUUCUUAUUCAGGAAGCUUCUGAUGAUACUAGUAUGCUUGCUUACAGUCUUGUCGGCUGUAUGUUGAAUAAGUUUGCUCAGUUGGAUGGGUUACAGUUAUCUGAUGAUGAUGUAUCAUAUCUCCAAGGCAAUACUUCAGAUCCCAACAAUUUUGAAGUUCUGAAGGACAGGGGAAGCUCCUGUGAUGAGACCACUAACUCCUUAAUGCUACAUGUUCUUGAAGAGAUAAUUCCUUCAUUUCCGUACAGUGGUAAAGAGCAUCUGAAGGAGUUGUUGGGCGUGAGGUAGUUUCUGAAGCCUUGAGGCUUUGUUAGGAGCAUAGCUCAAAGGUUCAAUUAUAUAGAAGCUUACAUAGAUUUGGUUGGGGACGAUAUCUAGCAAGGACCGUGAUUUCUGCAUUGUUGGAAAGAGACUCAUAUGUGGAAGAUGCGGUGACACCUAAGUGUUGGUUUGGAACUUCUUAAUCGAUUGAGGUCAUGUUUAUGUUAGUUAUUAUAUAUAUAUUACAACUUCUUUUUGCUCUAUUUUGGUCACAGUUUUUUGGAAGUAGAAGAUUAUCAGGCUUCACCAAUUGUGCACUUGAAAAGACACAUUUUGACUUUUGCUGGAGAUCCAGUCUGAUGAACAUGGUGUUGAUGUUGCUUACACAAUGAAAGCUGAAUUUUGGCCAGAAGAGCAGAAAGUUUAUCCUUUUCUUGGCCUAGAUAUGUAUGUAUAUAAAUUUGUUUGUACUUGUUAUUUGUUCACUUAUUGUUUUGGUUAAUAUUCGUAUUGGACAAGCCAGAAAAUAAAUUUCUGGUAAUAGAUAUGAUACAUAGGCAUUUCAUUUAAUCUAAGAGAUAUGUAAACACUCGAUUUCUCAUGGGCAAUAGAUAAUUACAGCCUCAGUGAAAUGCCAAUUUGAACAACUGAUGUUGGACUAAAUCUUAUGGAAA